CCGGGUUUAGAUUUCGGACCACUAAACCUGAAUUUGUUGACACAUGAAGUACAACAAGCAAAGUAACUCUUUCGCUUCCUUUGCUUUCCCAACAAUGGACUGAGUUUUGCCUGUCCUGUAUCUGUCCCAUGAAUUGUUGGUACACAUGAAAAUUACAGGCGCUUAUAUGGCUUCUGAUCCAGCCUUCGCAGGUGCAAAAUGGCUUCCCAGAAAACCCUAGACCUCGUUCUUAUCUCUUCAAGCUGGCUUCAGAUAUCUGGAAACGGUUGUUUCGAACCAGGGUUAGGAGCGCUGGUCUCGUCCCCUACAUCACGCUCGAUAGAGGAGGGAGGUUUAUGAUGGCAUGGAAUUUCUUCAAGUUUUGCUCUGGUUUGAGGAUGUUUGGUUACUUGAUGAUAUUGCUAGUUAUUGCCAUAAUUGGUGCUUCAUAUUUGGCAGUAGUCAUUAUAAGCUGUGGCCCUCAGCUGUUUCAUGGAGGUUUUAGAGCUGCAAUCUCGAUCUUCAUUCUCGUCAUCUUUCAUUUUCUGCUUGCUAUGUUGAUAUGGAGCUACUGCAUGGUGGUUUUCACAGAUCCAGGUUCCGUUCCUGAAAACUGGAGACGCUUACUUGAUGAGGAAAAUCCAGAGACUGUUGCUUCUGCAAACUCAUCAGAUUUUGUUGCCCCUAUAGUUAGAAGUUCUGCAUGGUCUCCAUCUACUUCCAUGGCAAGAACAUCAGAAGGAGGCUAUUGCGGCCGCUGUCAGAAUAAUAAGCCUCCUCGCUGUCAUCAUUGCUCUGUUUGUCAAAGAUGCGUCUUGAAGAUGGAUCACCAUUGUGUGUGGGUAGUCAAUUGUGUUGGAGCAGGAAACUACAAAUUCUUUCUACUUUUCCUGAUGUAUACAUUUUUGGAGACAACAUUGGAUACGCUAGUACUAUUACCACAUUUCAUUGAAUUCUUUGGAGAAGCCAAGAACCGUUCUGGUUCACCUGGCAAUCUUGCAAUCAGCUUUCUCACAUUUGUCCUCAACUUGGCGUUUGCAUUGAGUCUUCUUGGUUUCCUUAUCAUGCAUGCAUCUCUGCUUUUAAGCAACACGACAACAAUUGAGGUGUAUGAGAAGAGAGGAGUGGUCAGGUGGAAAUAUGACUUGGGCAGGCGGAAGAAUUUCGAGCAGGUUUUCGGCACAAAAAAGGCAUACUGGAUGAUUCCCGUGCUCUCAACAGAGGAUUUGGUAAAUGUACCUGCCCUCCGAGGUUUGGAUUUCCCUAUCCGCUCAGAUGUUUAGGCCCAAGGAACUCAAAUCAUCUUGUGGGAAUUUUGUAAAGCUUGACCUUGGAGAAUCAAUGUGCAGUAAUUUGUUACCAUUCAGCGAAAAUGUCUGGCAAAGGAAAACAUAUGAUACACAAAACUUAGAUACGUAUGGGCUGCAUUGGUUCCACCGGUGGCAUUGACAUAACUACCGUGGUGUUGGCUAUCAGCAAAGCAAAAGUAUUGAUUAUAUUACAACAACUGAAAGAUAUCAGACUUAAUAUCACUUGGAAAUGAAAGUAAAUUUUGUGCUUCUAUUACUUUUUACAGAUUCUCAUACUGAUAUGAUAAGAUAUGAACUGCUCACUAGCUGCUUUCUUAUUUCUAUGAAAGCAUGCGUAUGCUUGUUGAAGAAGGAGAAGAAGAGACAUCAAUAUUUCCAGUAACUACUUUUGUGAGAUGUAGGAUCUGCAAAUGUGGCUGCCAUUGGUGUUUCAUUUUUCUUGGAAAUUUGGUUUCCCUUAAAUUUAGUGACUUAUCUGAAGCCAACAUGUACUUUUUACUAAGUAAUUUAGAAGAUUCAGAUAAGAAGGUUGCUCUUUA